AUGCGCAGUUGAGAAAGAGAGGAAGUAAACAGACGCAUGCCGUCCUCGUGAGUGUGUAUGAGUGUGUAUCAGUGUGUGUGUGUGUGUGUGUGCGCUCGUGCUGUUUAAUGUGUGUUCUGGUUUGAACAGCAGCUGCACGAGCCGCCCAGGUGUGCGCACGUUCUUUAUUCCUUCCGGUUUGUGGCUGUUUCCCGCGCUGCUGGCAGCUGCUGCUGUGACCUGCUCCUCAUGACGCCUGCAGGAGCACACUCCUCCUCCUCCUCCUCCUCCUCCUCCUCCUCCCCCCAGAGGAAGAGGAGGAGGAGCUCGGGCUCUCCUCCAGCCCCUGCACCUGAUAACAUCGACACGCCCACAAAGAAACAGAAGAAGAAGAAGAAGACCCGGAGGGAGGAGCUGGAGGCCAGCCUCACCCCGCCGCUCGGAGAGACAGACAGCCUGAAGAAGAAGAAGAAGAAGAAGAAGAAGAAGAAAGAGAAGGAGAAGGAGCAGCAGGAGGAGGAGAAGACGGAGGAGGAGACUGAGAGCGAGCCUGCAGCGCCACAGAAAAAGAAGCAAAAGAAGAAAAGAAACAGACAGAUGGAGGAGGACAACCAGACGCCUGUUUCUAUGGAAACCAACGAGACAGGGAAGAAGAAGAAGAAGAAGGAGAAGGAGGAGAAGGAGCAGCAGGAGGAGGAGAAGACGGAGGAGGAGGAGGAGACUGAGAGCGAGCCUGCAGCGCCACAGAAGAAGAAGCAAAAGAAGAAAAGAAACAGACAGAUGGAGGAGGAGGACAACCAGACAUCCGUUUCCAUGGAAACCAGCGAGACGGGGAAGAAGAAGAAGAAAAAGGAGAGGAAGAAGGAGAAGGAGGAGGAUAAACGAGUUGUCGAGGAAACAACAGCUGACACAAACUCACAGGAAGUAAUGACUCCUGAACAGAAGAAGAAAAAGAGGAAAACAGAGGAGAAUGGACAGAGAGGAGGAGAGGAGGAGAGCCGGAGGAAGGGAGGACGGGGAGGAGGAGGAGGAGGAGGAGAAGAAGAAGAAGAAGAAGAAGAAGAAGACGGAGAGGAGGAGCAGGAGGCGGAAGAUGAGCGCUGUGUGGACUGGCAGGCCGUAGCAGAGUUGGAGGAGUUCAUUCCAGAUGUGAGGCUGAAGUCUGCAGAUGUGAUCAACAGGCUGCUGAGAUACGACCUGCAGCGCCUCAGGGUCUUCAGGAGCCAGGGCGUGUCCCUGCGCAGUGGGCGGUUCACUCAGCAGGAGAACCAGCAAAUCAGAGACAACAUUGCCGACUUCCUGGCUCUGACCGGCAUCGGCUCGGCCAAUCAGCUGCUGUUCCCUCAGCGCCACAAGCAGCACGAGGCCGAGAUCAGGAAGCUGAGAGCCCAGCACCACUUCCUGGAGAGGAUCGCGGAGGGCGUUCCCAGGACGUGUCAGCAGGUUCACGUCAGAGCCAAGAAGAUGUUUGAUGAGAGGAACCACAUGGGAAGGUUCUCCGAGGACGAGGUGCACUCUCUGGUGAAGCUGCACACUCUCCAUGGCAACAGCUGGCGCACCAUCUCCAGCAAGAUGGACCGCAGCAUCUACGCCCUGCAGAAGCGCUUCGCCCACAUCGCCUCUGGCCAUGGGUCCUGGGACAGUGAGGAGGAGUCCAGGCUGAUGCAGGCUGUGAGGGCCCACCUGGACAUUGUGGUGCAGCAGGGUUCCUCUGGGUCCUCGGGUUCCUCGGGUUCCUCGGGUUCCUCGGGUUCCUCGGGUUCCUGGCUGACCAGACAGCAGCUGUGCAGCAACCUGCCCUGGAAGCAGAUCAGCCAGCAGGUCCAGACCAGAUCCUGGUCCCAGUGCCGUGACAAAUGGUUCACCAUCCUAAAAACGAAGAUGGCGGCGGGGCAGUGUUGGGCAUUCAGUCGAGGGCCGGUGUCUCUUCAGUCCAAAAUCCUUCUGAUCAACACGUUGUACGACAUGCAGGUGGAGGACACAGCUGCCAUCGACUGGGACGAGGUCGCUCAGGCUGUCGGGAACGUGACGCCUCACCACGUCCAGAGGAGCUUCCACAGACUCAAAGUUUCCAGAGUUCCCAACUGGAGCCGCCUGUCAUACUGCGAGAUCAUCGACUUCCUGCAGGAGCAGAUUCUUCCCCGCCUGCAGGAGCAGCUGGAGCUCCGCCCGCCCCCCGGGGGGGCGGAGGGCAGGGAGGAGGGGGAGGAGGAGGGGGAGGAGCGGUACCUCCUGUCUCACAUCUUCCCCCAGCAGGAGGAGGAGGAGUUCAGGGAGGUGGACAACAGCCAGCCCAACACCGGCCAAUCAGGUGGAAGACGGCUCAGGCGGAAGUAGCUGUGAUUGGCCAACAGCGAUGACAUCAUCAGCAGCAGCAGCAGCAACAUGCAGUGAACAGUUUAUGUCUUUUGAUAAAUAUUUUAAAAUUGAUGAUGAUGGAAGUCUGACAGGACACUGCCCGCCCACCUGCCGCCUGAUUGGCUGACAGCCACUGACUUCCUGUCCCUCUGAACACAACACGGACACACCGCACACGUGUGUGUGUGUGUGUGUGUGUGUGUGUGUGUGUGUGAGCAUUUCCUACUGCUAGAAGAAAGAAGAGGAAGACACUCACGUCUGAACUGCUCACACAACUUAAAGAUGGCCAACUCUGUGACUUUUAUUUUGAAGAUUCCUAUGUUGUUAUAUUUUAAUACAAUUUUUAGUGUAAAAUCUG